UAUAAACGCCCUAUUUCUCGGCGUGUUUAUUGAGGGCGCUGGUUUUGUCAAAGGAAGCUGCAUCGUUCGUGAAGCCAUUGAGAUACGCAGAAUGAAGGGUCUUGUGCUGAGCAUCUUUGUCUUCUGUGCAGUUCUUGCAACUGCUCACAGCCUCAAGUGCUAUGUCUGUUUAGGAACCGAAGAUGACUGCAGUAAGAAGAAACUGGAAGCAAACAAGGACAGCAAAUCGAAAGACUGUCCACCCGGAAUGAAUGAAUGCAUGAGGGUCUGGGCAAAAAAAGACGGCAACACUGCAGUGGCUAACUCUUGUUCUAAUAGUCUCGGUUGUGAUGCUGCCAAAAAAGUAUGUGACGACCUUAAAGACGGAGAAUGCGUAGUGGGCUGCUGUGACAGCGACUACUGUAACGCGGGCUCUUCAGUUUCUGUUAGUGUGAUCCUGAUGACCGUAAGCUCUGCCUUAGGUCUGGCACUACUGAAGUAGGCUGGCAACGAGAAACGAACCCUGGCACGUUGAUAUUUGUAGUUUUUUUUAUUUCAUAGUGAGGUUUCCACUCUUUUGACUGUGUGUAAAAGCCGUACAGGUUUUAAAACAAAAGGUAAAAAAGGAAAUUUGUUGUUGCUUUUUUUAUCGAUUUUUUUUUAAUGUUAUCUCAACGAAUCAAGUUGUUAGCUACUUUAUAAUGAGGAGCGCUUGAGUAAGUAACACUGAUGUAUUUUCAACGGUCUUUUUUUAAUAAUAAAAGGGUUCAAUUAAAUCUG